GCAUACUUUAGUUGUAACUUUCAUAGUAUUCGCUGCGAAGGAAUCGUGGAGCUUAAAAAUGAGGAGCAUUUUAUUCGUUUAUCUCACUCUGCUACUAUCGAUGAUUGAUUAUGGGAAUGUGAAUGCAGAUAAAAAGAAGGUAUGUAUUAUCGGCGCAGGUAUGUCAGGGUUGGUUUCGGUAAAGCGUUUGGCCGAGCACUCCGACGAGUUCGAGCCGAUUGCUUUUGAAAGAAAUUCGGACGUCGGUGGAUUCUGGAUUUACACCGAGAGUACAACGGUUGACGAGCACGGAUCACCUGUACACAGCAGCGCCUACAAAAAUCUCAGAACCAACGUGCCGAAGGAGCUCAUGGCUUGGCCGGACUAUCGGAAUUUUAGCGGCGACGAGCGCAGUUCCGUGCCUCAUUAUUUAGUCUUGCAGUAUUUGAGAAAUUACACCGCUCAUUUUAAUCUUCGUCGAUACAUACGGUUCAACGUAUUGGUGGAAAGCGUCGCUCCGACGCGCGGCCCACAUCGUCAUUGGAACGAAACCAAGUGGGUGCUUAAGACGAGAGAUUUGAGCACUCGCGAGCACGACCACACUAUCUGCAACGCUAUCAUGGUUUGCAACGGUCACUUGACUAAAGAAUACGUUCCGGUCGUACCGGGAGUCGAAAAGUUCCAAGGCAAGGCAAUACACAGCCGCCUUUAUCGGAAGCCCGAGGAUUUCGCCAACGAGACAGUUGCGAUUUUGGGAGCCUCGGAUUCCGGCCUCGACAUCGCCGUCGACCUUAGCUCGCGGGCCAGGAAGAUCUACCUCAGCUCCAGACACGAGAGACUGGCGAGCAAGCUGCCCUCGAACAUCGAGCAAGUGCCCGGCAUAAUCAAAGUCAGCGGCGACGAAAUGAUAAUGUCAAACGGCUCGUCGAUAACGGCGGACUCGAUACUCUUCUGCACCGGCUAUGCCUACGACUUCCCAUUCCUCGAGGACAGCUGCGGAAUCGGAGUCAGCAGAGGCCACGUGUUUCCGCUUUACAAGCAAAUGAUCAAUGCCGAACACCCGUCGAUGGCCGUCAUUGGGCUGCCGACCGUUGCGAGCAUCUAUUUGCUACCGUACGUACAGUCGCAGUACUUCGUGGCUCUAUUGCGAGGAAAGGUGCGACUGCCAGCGCACGACGAGAUGAUCAGGGACGCCUACACCUUGACGCCCGGCGCACCCGAAGGCAAGUACCACGCGCUCGGCGCUCACCAGUGGGCUUACCACGCCGAGCUCGCCAAGGCCGCGGGCUUCCAGUUACCGCCAUCCUACUACGAGGACGGCUUGAACGCGUACCAGACCUACCGCGACGCCCAUCCGGCCACCUUCCGAGAGCUUCGCUUCCUACUGAGUGCGGAUGGUACCUUCCGUCUUGAGAAUACCGAGCCAGAUGCGCGCCAUGUGAGCGCAGCUGCGGCUCCGUCCUAGAGGCAAACUCGUUAGCUGUGUAGAACUUCCGAUUUGUCGCGCAAUAAACGAACAGAGAGCACGAGUACUUGGAAGUCUCGGAUUCCUGAAAUCGGCGAUCGGCUCGGCGCCGAUGCUGCUAGCGAGCGCUCACCAGCCUCGGAGGAGUAUUAUUCAUAAAUAAUCAUAGAGUUUACAACGCGCCACAAUAAACGAGGCGCAAGCGCGAACGCGCGAAUUGCUCAAUCGCCGCGUGCGCUCGGACAAUCCUACCGAUUAGCUUGCAUCGCUGACGCGCGCGACUCUCCUCUCGCGAGAUUGCAGACAGGAGAGAGGCCGCGCUGGUCUUACGAAAUUCUUUGCGAAUCGUCACGUGCGCAUCGACAAUCGCUCGGUGCUAUCUCCGGUGCGCCCGUUACGCAAGCGCGCUGGCCCACGCGCGGAAUUUUCGCGACUGCUCGCCCUCGGACGCGCCAACGCCCAACGCGUGGGAUGAUGCCGGGAGCCGCCGAGGCGACGGCCCCUCCGGUCGCGCAGGGUCACCACAGCCGACUCUCGCCUGCGAUCGAAAGGAUGCAGAUCGCAAGGCACGCGACGAGGCUGCCGAGAGAGAGAGCGAACGCGGCGAUGCGGUAUAUUCGCCCUCGCC